AAAAGACCGAUUUCUUGUCGUCGAACCACAAGAACCGCUUGAGCAUUCGUUCCUUCACAAGUCGGAAUUUGUUUAUAACAAAAUGUACAAAUUUUCGUUAUUUUUCGUGCUCGCCUGUGUAGUUGUUAUCGGCACUUAUGGUGCUCCACUCGCUGAAGAAGUUGAUGGUCACGUGAUAGUAAAAAGGGCCACCUGCGACCUGCUCAGCUUCGAGGUGGCGGGGGUGAAACUGAACGAUUCCGCAUGCGCCGCCCACUGUUUAACCUUGAAGAAGAAGGGCGGCCAUUGUAACGCCAAUAAAGUGUGCGUUUGUAGAAAUUAAGACCUUAUACGUUUCAUUUUUUAAUUAUUAAUAAAUUACGAUUUUUUUUUGCAUAA